UACGUCAAGUGAUCGUUAUCCGCGAACAAGAUGUCGACCGCCGAACUGAAUCCGAGACCUCUGCGGGUUUCUCCUUUUAUUAAAUUUUGCCGCUGGAGUUUGCUUCUUACUGGAAUCGUUUAUGGUGCGUAUCAUCAGCGUAGAUUAAGUAGAAGAGAAAAUGCUCGUAGAGAAGAGGAGUUGAAGCUUAAACCUGUUCGCGAUGCCCAACUAGCGGAGGAAAGAAAACGAGCUUUAAUAGCGGAACAAAAAAUGUUUGAUGAAAUGUUCAAUCCACCCAAAGCAACAUGAACUUAAUUUGUUAGACAGUAUAUAUAUAUUCAUAAAAUGUUGAUUGAUUUAUGUAUCUAUAAAACUAGUCGACAUAUUGCUCCGACAUCAUUUUAUCACACAAUUAUAGGUGGUAAACUCUACAUUGUAUAAAAGUAUAAAUAAAAAUUAUGAAAAUAAUGUAUAUCUAAUGAA